AUGGCUGAUACUAAACCCGUUGACACCAAGAAGCCUGCUGCUGAACCCGUCCUUGACGUCUCCAACAGUGACGUUCAAACCAAGUACAAGGACGCCGGUAAGAUCGCCGAUGCUGUCCUCGAAAAGGUCAUUAAGCUUUGUGUUGUUGAUGCCAAGGUCAUCGAUAUCUGUGUUGAAGGUGACAAGCUCAUCAACGAAGCUACUAAGGCUAUUUACAACAAGAAGAAGAUCUCUAAGGGUGUUGGUUUCCCUACCACUAUUUCCGUCAACAACUGUGUUGCUCACUUCUCUCCUAUUCCCUCUGACCCUGAAGCCGCCACUGUUUUGAAGGAAGGUGAUGUUGCCAAGAUUCAAUUGGGCGCUCAAUUCGAUGGUUUCUGUUCUACCGUUGCCACCACUGUUGUCGUUGGUGCCAAUGGUCCCAUCACUGGUACCAAGGCCGAUGUCAUCAAGGCUGCUGAAACUGCUUUGGAAGCCACCAUCCGUAUGAUCCGUCCUGGUAACAAGAACAUGGACAUCACCAAGACUGUCGACAAGAUUGCUGAAUCCUACAACGUCAAACCUGUUGAAGGUAUGCUCUCUCACAACCAACUCAAGGACAAGACUGAUGGUGAAAAGCAAAUCAUCCUCAACCCUACUGAAGCUCAUCUCCGUGACUUCAAGCGUGUUGAAUUUGCUGAAAACGAAGUCUAUGCCAUUGAUAUCUUGGUCUCUUCUGGUGAAGGUAAGGUGCGUCCUCUCAAGACCCGUACCACUAUCUACAAGAAGACUGGCCUUCGUUACCAACUCAAGAUGGCUGCUUCUCGUGCUGUCUUGUCUGAAAUCCAAACCAAGGCUGGUGCUUUCCCCUUCAGUUUGCGUGAUCUUGAAGAUGAACGCAAGGCCCGUAUGGGUAUUGUUGAAGCUGCCAAGCACCAAACUGUCUUGCCUUACGACGUCAUGUAUGAACGUGAUGAUGCUGUUGUUGCUCAAUACUUGGCUACCAUCAUGGUCACCAAGAACGGUAACACUUUGUUGACUCACCCCAAGUACUUGGAAGUUCAAACUGACAAGCAAGUCAAGGAUGAAGAAAUUGUCAAGCUUCUUGCCACUUCUUAUGAACCCCCAAGAAGGAAAAGAAGGCUAAGAAAUAAGCAAUGUGUAAAAUAA